UAAUCACAGAGGCUGUGAUUUGUGAAGAUUCCUUAACAUCUUUAAAAGGAACCUGGACAUCAAUGAAUUGCUUCCUUUUGGAGGGUUUCCCUGGAGGAACCCAGGGCUCUCAGGGGUUCAGAAUGGAGCUGAGCAGAACAACAUAACUGAACCCUUAAAGGCUUCACCUGCACAUGAGGCAGUGCUGCAGGAAUAGGCUGUAGGGACAGCUGUGCAGAGGGAGAAGGGACAGCCAGGAACCAUCCCUGGACCUCCUUGGAGCAGCUGCUGGACCUGGCACCUGGAUUCCUUCUGCUCAGACAAGUUGACUCCUGAUGAGGUCCCAUAUUAAUGAUUUACAGGCAAAACUCUAGAGUUUAAAGGAGUGGGAAUGAAGUAACCCAGUGAGAUCUGCAGACAUGUCUGGCAGGCCAGUGUGCAUUGCAGAUUUUGAGGAGCAUGCUAGAAGCUUCCUGCCCAAGUCUGUGUACGAUUAUUACAGCUCUGGGGCGGAUGACCAGGAAACCCUGGCAGAGAAUGUGGCAGCAUUCUCCAGGUGGAAGCUGUACCCGCGGGUGCUCAGGGACGUGUCAGUGAUGGACCUGUCCACCUGUGUGCUGGGGCACAGGGUCACCGUGCCCGUGUGCGUGGCCGCCACCGCCAUGCAGCGCAUGGCUCACCCCCUGGGAGAGACGGCGACAGCCCGAGCCUGCCAGGCCGUGGGCACGGGGAUGAUGCUGAGCUCCUGGGCCACGUCGUCCCUGGAGGAGGUGGCGGCGGCGGCGCCGGCCGGGCUGCGCUGGCUGCAGCUGUACGCGUACAAGGAGCGGCGGGUGACGGCGGCGCUGGUGCGGCGCGCCGAGAGCGCCGGCUACCGCGGCAUCUUCCUCACCGUGGACACGCCGUACCUCGGCCGCCGCCGCGCCGACGUGCGCAACAGGUUCCAGCUGCCCCCGCACCUCAGCCUCAAGAACUUCUCGAGCAGCGAGCUGGCCUUUUCCUCAGGGAAGGACUUUGGCGAGGACAGCGGGCUGGCCGUGUACGUUGCCGAGGCCAUCGAUGCCACCGUCAGCUGGGAGGACGUCAAGUGGCUGCGGGGGCUGACCUCGCUGCCCAUCGUGCUGAAGGGGAUCCUCAGGGCUGAUGAUGCCAAAGAAGCUGUAAAGCUUGGGGUAAACGGGAUCCUGGUGUCAAAUCACGGAGCACGACAGCUUGAUGGGGUCCCUGCUACUAUUGAUGUCUUGCCUGAAAUCGUGGAGGCUGUGGAGGGGAAGGUGGAGGUGUUCCUGGAUGGAGGAGUGAGAAAAGGCACGGACGUUCUCAAGGCCCUGGCUCUUGGUGCCAAAGCUGUUUUUGUUGGGAGACCUGUCCUCUGGGGACUGGCUUAUCAGGGUGAAGAAGGAGCAAAAGAAGUUCUCCAGAUGCUGAAGGAAGAGUUUCGCCUGGCAAUGGCACUGACAGGAUGCCGGAGAGUAGAAGAAAUUGACAGGACACUGAUCCGAAGACAUCAAGUAUUGUUUUCCAAGAUUUAGGUCUGGAGACUCUUGCCUUGUGCAUUGCCUGUUGUGCUUCCAGACAAAAUCCAACUGCAUUCCCUCUGUGGGCCUCCUCCUGCAAUCCUGACUGAGGGAAUGCUCUGCUCUGUAGGAAAUCACUUGUUGAAGAAAGAACUCAAGGCAAAUUUUACAGGUGCUUCCAAAUCUCUCAGGCUCUUAAGGAAAGCUGCUGCACUGGGAGGUGUGAUUAGAGAUGGGCCUUUAUACAAGACCAGCACAGAAACUUCGAGGUGUUUUUCAACAAAUGCUGAUAAUUAAUUUCCAUGCCUGGGAGUAAUUUAGCUGUUAAAGUGAAACUAUAAACAGAAAUGCUGAAAUUUAAAAUGCAAAAGAUGCUUCUUGCUCACUGUUUAGAGAAACUAAACUGUAGAUUGUAGAGAUUAAAUCUUGCUUUCCUAUGAACAGAGUGUCCUUUCCCUAGUGACUUUAUAAGCAUCUGGGCUUGUGGCACGUAGGCUGUAGGAGCCCAGAGGACUCUUCGUUGUAAGGAACCAAAGAGCAAAGCAAAACUGGGGAAAUUUGGAGAAAUUCAGCUGUUUAAGUGACACAAGCCCCUCUGCAAUCAGACAGCUGCUAUGUACAUGCAUUGCAUGUAUGUCAGAGCCUUGGCUACUGCAAGUCCCUGUAGCCCAAACUGUGCCAGCUGCAUCCACCUGGAGCUCCGAGUCCCAUUUUUCACCUGGACUGAUUUGCUAAUAGUGGCAAGGGAAGGCUGAUGCUGCCUGGGAGAGUUUGUAGAAUUUGCAGCCAUGUGCAAAAGGGAAACUUGAAUAACUGAGGCAUUAACCCAUGACUUGGGAAGAGCCUAGUGGCUCUCUUGAGUUUCCAUGCACCCCCUUAAGUCAGAUAAAUCUUGGUGUUCUUCACUCUGCUCAUGAGGAGGAUGCAGAGACAUGCAGGAUCUGUGCCUCUGUUCUAUGAACAACCCAAAUAUCCACUGAAUUCAGGAGACAUUUUGCAGCUGUAAGGAAUAAAGGAGGUAAGACUAUACUGUUCUCAUCUUGGGUAAAACCAAGGCUAGCUCUUCACCUGUCUCACCUCUCUUGCAGGUAUGGCAGUUUUACAGAGAGCAGGGAAAGGCCACACAGGUUUUGAAUAUCUUGCUGUGAAAAUUUAAUGUUCAUUUUUAAGGAAGACCAAAAAAGAGAAAAACCCCUUAAUUUCAUGGUUUCACUGACUUCACCAGCUCCACCAUUUGUUUCCCAUCAGCCUCAUGCAUUCUGACUCUCCCACUUUGCUCAGUUUGAAAUAUCCCUUACUGAGCUUUAGAGGCAGCUUUGUAAUGAAAUGAUGGAAUAUUAUAAUGGGAACUAAAGCUGGGGCUGGAACUCGAAAUGGGGAGAAAACCCAAAAGGCCACAUGCUUG